CUAGUGAUUUCCGAAUUUCAAAAGGAAGUUGUCAUACCUGCCUGUCAAAGUUUUUCUUGUCUACGUGUAGGAAUGCAUAAUAUUUGUGUAUUCCGGUGAUUUAUGGAGAAAAACGUGUAAAUCAACGUCGCAUACACAGAUAAAUAGUGCCGCCGUCGACCGGGUCGAAAAUGCACCUCCUUGGCAAACUUUUGGUUUUAUCACUUGCAAUAGGGGCGUUCACAGACGAACACAACCACAUAUAUGAUGACAAUGAGGAGAUCGUACUGUGGAUGAACACAGUGGGGCCAUACCACAACAGACAGGAGACUUAUGCGUAUUUUUCGUUGCCCUUUUGUGUAGGCUCUAAAGAGUCCAUCAGUCACUACCAUGAGACCCUCAGUGAGGCCUUGCAAGGUGUCGAACUGGAGUUUAGUGGGAUUGAAAUCGAAUUUAAAAAUAACAUGAAAAAGGGGGUGUACUGCGCCCAGAAGCUGGACGAGGAGAAAUACAAGGCGUUCGUCUAUGCCGUGAAGAACCACUACUGGUACCAGAUGUACAUUGACGAUUUGCCCAUCUGGGGCGUCGUGGGCGAGGUGCGCGACAACCAGUACUAUAUCUGGACGCACAAGAAGUUCGAGAUCGGCUACAACGGCAAGCAGAUCAUCGACGUGAAUCUGACGUCCGAGGAUAAGGUGCUGCUUAAGCCUAAUGUCAUGCUGGAGUUCAAGUAUGAGGUGAUCUGGAAGCCCACCAACACCAAGUUCGAGGACAGGUUCGACAAGUAUCUGGACCACAACUUCUUCCAACACAGGAUUCAUUGGUUCAGCAUCUUCAACAGCUUCAUGAUGGUAAUCUUCCUCGUGGGCUUGGUGUCUAUGAUCUUGAUGCGCACCCUGCGCAAAGACUACGCCAGAUACAGCAAAGACGAAGACAUCGACGACAUGGAACGUGACUUGGGCGACGAGUACGGUUGGAAGCAAGUGCACGGCGACGUGUUCCGUCCCGCCUCGCAGUCCCUGGUGUUCUCCGCCUUAAUAGGCGCCGGUCAUCAGUUGACCACCGUCGUCUUCAGUGUCAUUGUUUUCGCCAUCCUGGGAGAGUUGUACACGGAGCGUGGUUCAAUGCUUUCGACCGCCAUGUUCGUGUACGCAGUGACCUCCCCCAUUAACGGCUACUUCGGCGGCUCGUUGUACGCACGUAUGGGCGGCAAAGUCUGGAUCAGACAGAUGCUGGUGUCGGCGUUCAUGAUCCCCGCAUUCGUGUGCGGCACCGCCUUUUGCAUCAACUUCAUAGCCAUUUAUUACCACGCGUCGCGUGCCAUCCCGUUCGGCACCAUGGUCGCCGUCACGUGCAUCUGUCUCUUCGUCAUUUUACCGCUCACGUUGGUCGGCACGGUGCUGGGCAGGAACCUGGCCGGGCAGCCGGACUAUCCGUGCAGGAUAAACGCGGUGCCACGUCCCAUUCCCGAGAAGAAGUGGUUCAUGGAGCCGGGCGUUAUCAUCAUCCUCGGGGGGGUGUUGCCUUUCGCCAGCAUUUUCAUCGAGAUGUACUUUAUCUUCACCUCGUUCUGGGCGUACAAAAUCUACUACGUGUACGGGUUCAUGUUGCUCGUCUUCAUUAUAUUAAUGAUCGUGACGGUGUGCGUGACCAUCGUGUGCACGUACUUCUUGCUAAAUGCGGAGGACUACCGUUGGCAAUGGACUUCGUUCCUGGCAGCCUCGUCGACGUCGGUCUACGUCUACAUUUAUGCCAUCUACUACUUCUUCUUUAAAACCAAGAUGUACGGGCUAUUCCAGACAACGUUUUACUUUGGUUACAUGGCUCUGUUUAGCGGAGGCCUGGGCAUUAUGUGCGGCACUGUAGGUUACAUCGGCACAAGUAUAUUCGUCAGGAAAAUAUACUCGACUGUUAAAAUUGACUGAGGUGAUUGAAUGAGGGGAACAGUCUGUAAAUAGUUGUGUUUAUUCGUUACUACUGAGUGGACUUAACAUCGUCUUAGACCUUGGGUCACGUAGGGCCGACGCGUGCCCACUGAUUACUAUAACUAAGUGAAUGUGUUAUAUAUAUAGUGCUUUUCCAUUUGUUUUCUUUGUGAUUUUAAUUAAAUAUUUAAUAUUAAAAAUAUAAAACUUUA